AAGUGGGGAGUAUAAGGCUUAUCGUUCUUGCUAUGAAACGUUAAGUAGUUCAUGUUCUCAAGCGUAUCUUUGCAGUUGUAGCUAUGGCGUGUUUAAGUUCGAGUAGGCUUUGUGCUCGUGUGCAGGAUAAGUUAAUGUGUCAAUUUGGACAAAAAGUUCGAAGGCAAACUUUAUUUGUGAAACUCAAACCUCCUGGACCAUCACCAUUGCGGAUAUUUGGAAAAACUUGUCAGAGAGUGACGACAUGCGGACCAGCAUGUGGCACUUCGGGUACAACUGUCACAGGUGCAGUUCGAAGGUUGGCAUCCAGCAUGCAAAGCACCAGCACUGGUUCUCUACCAGAUUACGGUACACAGAUAGUUGACCCAUACCGUCUUCUGGAGGACGACCUCAACGGAAUAUACGAAGAUAUACGAUCGGAACUAGAACGUAACACUAAUCAGCCUGAGUUGAACACGAUAGCUACAUACUACUUCGAUGGUCAGGGCAAGGCUCUGAGGCCGAUGGUGGCCAUAUUGACAGCGAAAGCCAUAAAUUACCACGUAUACGGAGAAAAUAGUGCACUGCUGCCAUCCCAGAGGCAGGUGGCUAUGAUCAGUGAGAUGAUCCACUCGGCGUCUCUCAUACAUGAUGACGUCAUCGACCAGAGCGACUUCCGGCGCGGGAAGCCGUCUGUCAAUGUACUCUGGAAUCAUAAGAAGGUCGCUAUGGCCGGUGAUUUUAUACUCGCAGUGGCAUCCAUGAUGAUAGCUCGCCUCCGCAGUGAUGAAGUCACGCUUGUGCUCAGUCAGGUGGUGACAGACUUGGUCCAGGGGGAGUUCAUGCAGCUCGGCAGUAAGGAGACUGAGAACGAACGUUUUGCGCACUACCUUACCAAGACGUAUAGAAAAACCGCCUCGCUCUUUGCUAAUUCAGUCAAAGCGGUGGCGCUGCUAUCGGGCGCAGACGAGACCACCUGCGAGCUCGCGUUCCAGUACGGUCGUAAUCUGGGACUGUCCUUCCAACUGGUCGACGAUCUUUUGGACUUUGUGUCGUCGGCGCACGGUAUGGGGAAACCGACCGCAGCAGAUCUUAGACUAGGGCUAGCCACCGCACCUGUACUGUUUGCUUGUGAAAAGUACCCGGAGCUGAAUCCGAUGAUAAUGAGGCGAUUCCAAGACGCAGGGGACGUGGAGAAGGCUUUCGAGCUGGUUCAUAAGUCGCGGGGCCUCGAACAGACUCGGUUCCUCGCUCGCAAGCACGGCCUGGAGGCGGCCCGGCUGGCCUCAGAGCUGGCGGACUCGCCUUACCAGAAGGCCUUAGUCGUGACCACUGACCUUGUACUCAAUAGGAUCAAAUAGGGUUGCCUCAUCUUCGUGCGGGAUGCUAACCAAGGUUACCACAACUUCAUACCGGUCUGUACCUAGGGUUGCCACGAAUGCAUGCGGUUCAGUAACCAGGGCUGCCACAACUUCAUAUUGGUCUGUACCUAGGGUUGCUACGAAUGCCUGCGUUCGGUAACUAUGGUUGCCACGACUUUUACUGGUCCGUACCUAGGGUUGCCACAAAUACAUGCUGUUCGGUAACCAGGGCUACCACAACUCCAUGCCGUUAUGUAACCAGGGCUGCCACACCGUUUAGCAUUCAAUCCGCACUAUCGAAAGGCAUCCACGGUUCUCAGCUUAUUGUACUCCAUAUUGGACUGCUAGUCGAGCUCGAUACGAACAAGCUUCAAAGUGCUUUUUGGUACUCAACAGGAACAUCUAAGUACUUUGCAAGCAUACAUGAAGUCGUCGGAGCUUUUAAGAUAUUUAAAGCUUCGGCGAUCGGAAUUAUGGAUACCUUUUUGAAGGUAAAGUGACAUUAAACGUUAAUUGUAUUAAGUUUUGUGUACUGUGUGUAUGGUUUAGGUAUAGUUAUGAAUGUUUUGUUUCGUGCGUCCGUGCGUCCGCGCGUCGACGCGCAUCGUGAGUCGUGAGUACUCGUCCCAGUAACACGACUCGUAGUUUUAUUUAUUUAAAUUUUUAAUUUUUCAUUAUUGUUUUGGUAAUUUUCUUUCAUCACUUGUGUGACCUGAUGUAUUUUUAAGUUUUUUUAUUUUUCUUCUAGUAUCGUAUCUCUCGUGAACUGUUUAUCCGCUUGUAGUGUAAGCGUUGUAUCCCCUGUUACCAAAUACAGAUGUACAUAAUAGUACGAUACUUUAACUAUUUCAGUAGUUUGUAUUGUACAUAACGAGACAGCAUUAGUUUAUACACGAACUAAAUAUGUACACGUGAACAUAUAUUAGUCAUAUAUUUGUUAUUUUCGUUUAUUUCGUGCAAUUUGACCGAACAUCUGAUUCAGGUGGCUGUUGUUCUUCAUAUUUUGUUCCACAUCAAACCAACAAACAGAUUGGCUAUAUAUAUAACGUUGUACAUAUUCUAAAUGUCGUCUAUGUUCUAGUUGACCGUGUUUAUCUUCGGAACCAUUUACCUCAAUUUCUUUAGUAUGUACUAGAGGUAUGCUCUUACUUAGAAUUAAUAUUUCGUUGGCAGCGCUCGUUCGCGCACGUCCAACAGAAAUGGUAUGUAUGUCAGUAUGUGUAACGGUUUUGGAGAUAAUUUGUAAAUAAUAGCAAAAAUAUAUAUAUAGUACAGUUAUAUGAGAUUUCGUUAACAAUUUUAUAUAGACACGUGUAUCAAAAUGUUUAUCAUAUGUUAUGUAUAUGAUUGUAUCUUAAAAGAUAAAGAUAAAUCUUACGUAAUGCAUAGGUAUGUUCGUGUUAUUCGGGAUCCCAUUGAGAUGAGACGUCAUUAUGUUUUACUAUUACUGUAUAGAAAUAAUAUAUGUAAAUUACGUUAAACGGGAGUCAAUGAAAUUUUUAUUUAUAUAAAUAUAUAUUUAGUCAUAUCAAAUAGAUUGUACUGUUUGUAAAUAUUAUGAUUCUUGUAAAAUGCUAAUCACGAAUAAUUUUAUAAAUAAUAGUUAAAAAAAUAUUGUUUUAUUUAAUAAACAUGUCUAUUCGA